AUGUCUCUCACCCACCCCCGUCGCAGUACAAAGACUACAUUGUCUGCUCUGACUCCUUCGUCCUCUGGUCAAGUCGCUACGUCAGGCCGGCCUACCGUUAAUACCACCAUGUCCCUUCGCAAAGGAGCGACCUUUCACUCACCUCCUUCACCUGAAGCAGAAGAAACAUUCAUCAUCCCAGGCCCCCCUCGUCGCGCUCAAUCAACCUUGGAAGAUGUGGUCGAUGCCCACGAACGCCGUGUCGCAUUAACCCUCGCUGAUAUUGAUCGUGGACUCGCUGCUGUAGAAGACCGUUCACCAACUGCUAGACAAUCAUUCCCCGACGAAGCUGAUCCAAUUCCUCAAGGCUUCCUCAAUCAUACCGUCGGCACCCCAUCAGAAAGCUCAUACGGUCCCAUCAUGGAUGGUGUCAUGUCCAAGGAGCCUUCCUUGAUUGGAAGACGCUCCCUUCGUCCUCGACACAACCGACGCCCAUCACGAUACUCGGACAGUGCAUUGGGUUCAUCUAUUGGAUCUCGAUCUGGUAAGAUGGCUGCUGAUACCGCCGCGACAAGCGUCACCGAGGAGACGCAAACCAAAUCGAAAGCUGCCGCUUCAGCUAUAACUAGGUCCGCUGCUGCCAACUCUAACGUCGAGAACCUCCCACGGCUGAGCUCGCGAGCGACCAACCGCAUUCACGAGCACAUCUUGAGACCCUUGUUGGCCAAGUCUUCCUUGAAAGAUUUUCACCCAAUUGUGAAGGAUUGCCCGAGAAGAAUUCAUGGCAAGGAGAUUGUAUGUCUCCGUGAUUUGGAAAAGACUUUGAUAUUUAUGGCACCUGUAAGUGACAUUCAAACUGAUGUUGUUGAGGGAGUCGCUCACUGGUUUUCGCGUUUGAAGGAGAGGACCAAGACAGCCGCCUUGUAUCUCGAUUUCUGCCUCACGUCAAUCCGGUGUAUUCAAGCGACGGUGGAAUUUUUAAGCGAACGCGAACAGACUCGACCUCACGACCGCCCUUAUACUAACGGAUACUUCGUGGAUCUUGUCGACCAGAUUAAACAAUACGCCCAACAGGUUCAGGCGGCGAAAGAAAAGGAAGAGAAAGGAGAGAAAUUGGGCGAGAUGGAUCCUGAGUCAACCGACGAGGUUAGACUACAUGGUGGUCUCACCAAGAAUGGCCGUCCAGCUGAACUGGUUCGUGUCAAGAAGAACGGCAAGGCCAUUUCGGUAGCAACUGGACUUCCAGUCGAAUUAGAGGAUGAGGAUACCAAGGAUUCCCUUCGAUUCAAGCGUUCAUUGAGUCAAGAAGCCGAGGAUGAUGAAGCUAUCAUGCGUUCCAUGGCUCGCCGAAAGAGGUCCGCCUCCGCAGCCGAGCUUGCACCAAAACGAUGCCGUGAACCUGGAUGUGAUAAAGAAUUCAAACGUCCCUGUGAUUUGACCAAGCACGAGAAGACCCACUCCCGUCCAUGGAAGUGUCCAGUUGAGUCUUGCAAAUAUCACGAGUAUGGUUGGCCAACCGAGAAGGAGAUGGAUAGACAUCACAAUGACAAGCACUCUGCUGCUCCACCUUUGUACGAGUGUCACUACAAGCCUUGCCCAUACCGCUCCAAGCGUGAGUCCAACUGCAAACAGCAUAUGGAGAAGGCUCACGGAUGGGAAUACGUUCGAUCCAAGAACAACGGAAAGAACCGAGAUGGAAAGCCUUCAACCAACACUGUCAAUGGACUUGCCACUCCUCAAACCACACUGGCUCAAACUCCAAGCAGUCAUGGUGACAAUGUUGCAACUCCCGAGGAUGAUGAUUAUGGUAUGCCAGAUGCUUAUGAUAGCGCUACCAUGUUUGAUCAACAGAACCAGUUGAACUUUCCAGAGUACAACCCUGACAUGGAUAUGUUUGCACCACAACAACACCUCCAACUUGACUUUUCACCAAUCUCCGAACUUCACCAAUCAGGUUCAUCAAAUGGUCAAUCUCCCUACUCCGACAUUCAUCCUGGUCAAGAUCAAUUCCAGAAUUUCUCGCACUCCAAUAACGUUGACUUUAACCUUUUUGGAGAUGAAGAUCUUUAUAAUGCUCACGCACACCUACCAACACCUACCCACGAUGUCUUCCAGCGCGCCAUUGGUGCUUUUGAGACUUCGGGUAUUCCUCUAGGCUCCGACCCAGUUCCUCACAUCUCUCCUGUUGGUCACGGAAACACGAUGCUUUACACACCAACCUCGCUUCGUGAAGUUGACGAGGGUUUUGCUGAUGACUUUGCUCCAACCAAUUGCCAACCACACAUUGGUCAUUCCAACGACUUUCAGCUCUUCCCCUCGAAUGCUGGAGGCAAUCUCGGCAAUUCCACCACCACUGGGUUGUUUGGAGAAAUUCCAAGACCUAAUUUCUUCCCCGGCACAUCCGCUCAGGAUCUUCUUGAUUUCUAUGCCGCCACCACCGCAGCCGCCAUUCAGCAUCACAACCCUCAGCCAAUGGAUUGGUCGUCUAAUGAGGGGCAAUACAAUGGCUAUGGAAGCAACUAA